UGAAGGCGGCGAAUUGCCAGAGAAGACGAUGUCGAAAAAGGCAGCUGCCGUGGCCGACGUCGUGGAAGAGCCCGUCGUGGAUUCCGUGCCGGAGACAAGUGGAUCUGGAGCGUUCCACUUCCCCGACGGGAGUCGAUAUGAAGGGGAAUAUCAAAGUUUCAACCAAGUUGUGAUGCGGCACGGCAUGGGGACAUUUAUCAAUGGCCCCGAAAAGUACACGGGAGCAUGGCAGAAAGAUCAAAUGGAAGGCAAGGGGGUGUAUUACUUCGCAUCGGGAGCGUUCUUUGAGGGGGAGUUCCGAAACAACCUGUUUGUCGGCGACGGCGAGUAUCGAUGGAGCGACGGCGCGACGUAUGUCGGGCAGUGGUCCCACAGCAAAAUGCAUGGCACUGGCUGUUAUAAAGACAAGGAUGGCGUCGAGUGGAAGGGGUCCUUCGUGAACGGAAAGUACGACAACGGCCGUGCAUUCCUCACGCUGCGUUGACCUUCCUGUCCUGGGCGCGGGUCGAGCCGACGGGCUAUGUGCUGCCUGAUCGUGGAGAGAAUUCCUACGAAAGAUCUUCGAAUUAUAAUAUGCGAUGCAUGUGUUUCAACGAA